AUGAAUCUCAACGUGCUGUGCAAAAGGAGCCAGACGCAAAAGAGUAUGUACUAUAUGGUUCCUCUAGAGCCAAAGACCGAAACGCAGACCUUGGCUGUCCUGGGCUCAAGUGAGGCAGUCACGAGUGACAACACCUACAUUUUGAGCGCUGGUGGGUGUGAGAGCGAGGACGUUCGGCACCUCUCUGCGUUCUUGGGGACCGCCGUUUGCCCAGUUCGGGCAGCGUUUGCGCCGCGGCCCGUGUCAGUGCCCCCGGGCGCAGAGCUCCGACGGCUUCCAGUGCUCGCCAGCUCCAGCCUCGAGGGCUCUGCCCCAUCGGAGCGGCGGGUCCCGUCGCGGAGAGCCCGAGCGCCUCCCUCCAACCGGAGCCGCCAGGAGAAAGAGGAGGAGGCGGCAGUGGAGAGGCCGCGGCAGGCAGGACUUUCCGACUGCGUAUCUGUCCGUCCGCGCGUCCCCCUUUCUCAAAUCCCGCUGACCACCUCUCCGUCUCUCUCCCGCAGGUGUUUACACUUCCUGCUGCUGUGCUUCCAGGUACAGGUGCUGGCGGCCGAGGAGAACGUGGACUUCCGCAUCCACGUGGAGAACCAGACGCGGGCUCGGGACGAUGUGAGCCGUAAGCAGCUGCGGCUGUACCAGCUCUACAGCCGGACCAGCGGGAAGCACAUCCAGGUCCUGGGCCGCAGGAUCAGUGCCCGUGGCGAGGACGGGGACAAGUAUGCCCAGCUCCUAGUGGAAACAGACACCUUCGGUAGUCAAGUCCGGAUCAAGGGCAAGGAGACGGAAUACUACCUGUGUAUGAACCGGAAAGGCAAGCUCGUGGGGAAGCCUGAUGGCACCAGUAAGGAGUGUGUGUUCAUCGAGAAGGUCCUGGAGAACAACUACACGGCCCUGAUGUCGGCCAAGUACUCCGGCUGGUACGUGGGCUUCACCAAGAAGGGGCGGCCGAGGAAGGGCCCCAAGACUCGGGAGAACCAGCAGGACGUGCACUUCAUGAAGCGCUAUCCCAAGGGGCAGGCAGAGCUGCAGAAGCCCUUCAAGUACACCACAGUGACCAAGAGGUCCCGGCGGAUCCGCCCCACGCACCCCGGCUAGGCGGCCGCCCGUGGCCCCCCGAGGUGGCCCCGGCCCACACUCACACUCACAGAGAACUGCAUCAGAGGAAUAUUUUUACAUGAAAAAUAAGGAAGAGGCUCUAUUUUUGUACAUUGUGUUUAAAAGAAGACAAAAACUGAACCAAAACUCUCGGGGGAGGGGGAGUGAUAAGGAUUUUACUGUUGACUUGAAACCCCCUUUGACAAAUGACUCACGCAGAGGGACUGUUGUCAACGCAUAGGUGCUUGUCUCUCUAGGAACAGACAACCUUAAACUUGUCCCCAGAGGAGGACUUGAAUGAGGAAAACGACACUCUGAGAAACCAAAGUCCUUUUUCCCAAAGGUUCUGAAAGCAAAAGAAGAAAAAAGAAAGAAAAAAGAAAAAAAGAAAAAAAAGGACAAAAAAAGAGAAAGUAGCACCCGCCCCACUGUCACCCCCAACAGCCCCCCACCCUCUUUCCCAAUCCCCCGUCCCUGUCCCAGACUCCAACAAAAAUCGCUCUCUGGUUUGCAGUCAUUUAUUUAUUGUCCGCUGCAAGCUGUCCCAAGACACCGCGCAGGGAAGGCGUGCCCCUCAGAAUUCUCGGCGCCUCGACCUCCGACGACAGACGGCCUCGUCCAAUCACGGUGACCCUGCAUUGCUCGCAGUUCUGGAGGAUGCUGCUAUCGACCUUCCGUGACUCACGUGACCUAGCACACCAAUGAUAAGGGAAUAUUUUAAAACCAGCUAUAUUAUAUAUAUUAUAUAUAUAUAAGCUAUUUAUUUCACCUCUCUGUAUAUUGCAGUUUCAUGAACCAAGUAUUACUGCCUCAACCAUUAAAAACAAUCGACAAAUUAUUUAAAAAACCA